GUCGGAUUCUCGUAUCUCGGUACCUACUUGACUCUUGCGUAUGCGCUCGAUGUUAUUUUGUUUCUUGUUAUUCAUUGUUUUGUUAUUUGACUUCGGCAUUCUCUACGGACUUACGAUUGCUCCACGAAUCGGACUGCUAUCCAGGGUUAACGACAACAAGGCAUACUAAACGGGCACUGAAAAUUGGAAAUAUAUGUAGUAAUAUGGCGCCUACCCGGCGCUGUCAGUACAUAAAUUGCCGAAACACAAGCGGAACUCAUUCAUUAUUCCGUUUUCCAAUAAAGGAUACAAAUCGUCUACGAAUAUGGAUAAACAAUUCAGGCAACAUAAAACUCACAACGUUGACAUCCGAAGAAUUAAAUAACCGAUAUCUCUGUGAAGUGCAUUUUGAUGCAUGCUACAAAAAUCAAAAUGAUCAACAGAGAAGAUUGGUUGGAACAGCAAUUCCUAGACGUCGCAACUCCCAAGAUGAAGCCUUUGAGGUUGUGAGCUCUGUAUCCAUACGCGAGCACCCAUUGGAAGGAGCUACAGUGGAAGUGACAUCCGAUACAUCACCAACAAAAUUAAAGGUGUUGACCCCAAAAAAUGUGUAUGGAAAACGAGCGUUUCAUAAAGUAGACGAUCGAGAAGCGGGAAGUUCAUCAGCUUCGUCACAAUUCGACCAGGAGAUGAACAUGCCAAGCCCGAAAAAAAUUAAGCGUGACAAAUCUUGCAUGGCGGAGGAGUGCCUUAAGAGAAAAAGAUUACUUCACACUGCACAAAUCGCACUAAAAAAUAACAAGGCUCAAAUCAAGAGAUUAAAAGCGAAACCGGCACCCAAGAACAUAUUUAAAAAGACAAUGUUCCCAAGCACUUCUUCCCAGCUCAUUGCCACGAUGCAAAUGCGAAGAAACAAACGGAAGUGGACUAAAGAGGAGAGACGGUUUUCUUUGGCGCUAUUUUAUAAAUCACCCACCACCUAUAAUUUCUUAAGGGAUCAAGGAGUUGUGCUGCCUGCAGUGUCGUGCAUCAAGCGGUGGUUAUCUGAAUCUGACUGUUUACCGGGAGUGACAAAAAAAACAUUUUCGCAAAUUGAGACGAAAUUUGAAAAUGCCACUCACAUGGAACGAACAUGUGUGUUGAUGUUGACCUUUGAUGAAAUGUCAAUUAUGACAUGUUUAGAAUAUACCAAAAAAAAUGAUUUCAUUGAAGGAUUCGAAGAUUUUGGACGAGGAGAGCGAUCUCAAAACGUUGCGAAAUACGCGUUAGUGUUUCUGGCAAGAGCAUUCACUCUCCUUUCAAUGUCUUUAUCAUGCUUACCGUCCCUAGUGAACAAGGUUCCCAGAUACACAAACUCUUUCAGUAAAUAA